ACCAUGUGUACAUACACUCCUACACAGUGGUAAUUUGUUUUCUUUCAAGCUCUUGUGUUUACACAGAAAAGGCUAGAUUACAGAUCUGUUUUCAACGAGUUACUCUCAAAUCAAUGGUGGUAAAGGAAGUAAUAUUUCUGUUAACAAAAGAUCAUAGAGGGAUCUUUGUGUCCACCAUUAUAAGAACUUCACAAGUUCCAUGUUGAAACCAGUUAAUUAAGACCUGCCUCAUCAGUCUAUCUACACUGAUCAAUUGCCACGUCGCCACGACACCUGACAGGAAGUUGUCAUGAUGGAAGAAAGAGAACAGGAAGUGGGACUGAAGAAGGACGAACAUCAGAAAACAGACCCUGAAGCAACAGAAAACAUGAUAAGUCAGAAUCAAGGGGGAGCAGAAUCUGACGAUCAGCAAACCGUACACUUGAUAUCUGAGGAAGAACUGAAAACUGUUCUGGAUAAUUUAAAGACCAAACCGACAUUCUGUCUCGUUCACAAGGAAACAGAAAUCUCCCUUUUCUGUAAAUCAUGUGACAGACUGGUAUGUACAUCCUGUUUCAUAGAUGGAAACCAUGGCAACCACAAGUUCUGCAAAAUUGAUGAUGUUGUUAUUACAAAGAAGCGAAAACUGGAUGAUCGGAUCAGAGAUGCAAAGGAAAGCAUGACAGAAAGCUUACAACAGAAUAUCAAAAUCAUCACCAAACAGCGAGAAAAUGUCUCGGACAACUGCAAAAUUGUUUCUGCAGAAAUUGAUGAUAGGAAAGCUGUAAUGUUACAAGAAGCGGAAGCUUGGGGUAUAAAUUUGCAAUCGAUGGUAAGAGAACAUAAGAGAAAACGCCUUCAGAGGCUUGAUGGCCUUCAGGCAGAAUCAGACACAUGUCAAGCAAAUCUGAAACUUUUCAAACAAAAUCCAAACUAUGGUGAAACAAUUGAUGGGAUAAAACUGAUACAGGCUUUGGAGCUCCUCCAAAACAACACAGGAGCACAAGCCAAGGACAAGUCUGAGGCUUCUGAAGGAGAGAAAGAAUUAAUUUUCACAAAAGGAGAGGGAAAUACAGAAAAGAUGGAUAUCUGGUUUGGACAGAUUAAUGGAAUCAUUCCUGUGGACAAUCCGGGCAAGAUAUCAAAAAAAAUAAAAUUCUGUGAAUCAAAAGUAGAUUGCAUUUCUCCCUUGGACGAGAAAAGAGCUUUUGUGGUCACAGAAGAGCUGCUGUACUUAGUGGACUUGACUAAAGCCAAGUACAAGCAGGAAGACCUGGUACCAUUGAUGAAGGGGGUAGUGUACAUCACUCCGGUCACAAAACAGGGCAUCUAUGUACAGCAGAAAGAUCGCACUGUGGUCAAUCGGGUUACAGAAGCAGGUCUAAUAUACCGCUUUGCUGACUUAAAACCUGAGGCCUCUGAUGAAUCCUGGCAAACCAUACGAAUUUCUGACACUGGUAUGGUUAUUUCAAUCACAGAAAAAAAAUUUGUUGACAACCGGCAAACACCCAGGAAUGUAACACUAAAGAUGAUGCAGUACAACAAACAUGGAAUUAGAGAAAAGGUAAUAUUCUCUCAAACUUUCGAACAAAACCACUUUCUCUUUAAAAACCAGUUUCCAGAAAGUGUUCAAACAGCAUCAGAUGUCUACAUUCAGACCACACCCAAAGAUAUUCCAGAGAGUUCAUGUGAACCAGGAAUUCCAGAGAGUUCAUGUGAACCAGGAACUAUCAUGAACUUCAAAGAUAUAAGCAAAACAUAUAAGGGAUGUAUAGGAUCAAACCCAGAACUCACAUUUCAUCCAAAAGGGCUAUGUAAGGACCAGAAUGACCAUCUCAUCGUAUCCGACUACUGGAACCAUGCCAUACACCAGCUCACCCCUGAGGGGAAAUUCCACAAGUUCUUGAUGAGAGAAGAAAAUGGACUGACACAUCCGACUGCUGUUGGUAUUGAUGGCUUAAACUGGAUGUGGGUCACACAGAGGGAUGGAAACAUUCAUGUCGUCAAAUACAUCCCUUAGAAUGUCGAUACUUUCUACAAGGAUUUAGGGGGAUUGUUAGUAUGAACCCAGGGUGGAGGGAGCACAUGACAGGAAAAUAUCAACAAUGCCCCACUUGUCACAACAUGUGACCUUUCCUUUACCGGCCGUUAAAAUAUUGCCUAGGCAUCAAAUCAUGCCACUGAAAAUAUCACUGGUAAUCAUUCUCUGAUCAUAAAAAAUGUCCGUAUAAAGAACAUAAAAAGCGCAUUAUAACAGAACAACAGCAUCUUGUAUCAGAAAUCCUUACACUGAUAUCUAAAUAUCUAUGUUUCCAGGAAGACUACUUAGAUUUUGAUGCCUACCCUAAAAUUACUGGAAACAUAAGAAUCAGGCAUAAAUAUUUUUCUUGGCCUAACAAAAAUUUAUCUAACACUUCAUAUCUGUUUGGCCUCAAUAUAUCAGAUUCAUUUUGCUUUAGGAUACUUUAUACAUUAGUAUUUCAUAUUUUGUUGGCUUUAAGAUAUUACAAAUGGUUUUUGCUGGCCUUUGUAUUCCUUUUCUUUCAUAUUGCUCUUCGGAUACUAUACAUUAAUUUGUUUUACCUUUGUAUUCAAUUUCUUGUUAAAUUAAUUUUGUUUGGCCUUUGUAUUCAACUUCUUGUACAAUCUAUUUUGUUUAGCCUUACGAUACUAUACAUUAAUUUUGCUUGGCCUUAGGUUACGACCUGAUUUUUUGUCCUGAUGAUGUUGCACUUUUUUGUUUGGUUUAGUGUGGUUACAGAUACCUUAUCCUUUGCUUUUAAUUUUUGUUUUGCCUUAUUAUACUACACAUCAUAGUUGUUUGGCCUCAAGAUACUACACAUCAUAUUUGUUUGGCCUCAAGAUAAUAAAAAUUAAAUUUGUUUGGCCUCAAGAUACUUAACUUUAAGUUUGUUUGGCCUCUAGAUAAUAAAAAUUAAAUUUGUUUGGCCUCAAGAUACUUAACUUUAAAUUUGUUUGGCCUCAAGAUACUACACAUCAUAUUUGUUUGGCCUCAAGAUAAUAAAAAUUAAAUUUGUUUGGCCUCAAGAUA